AUGGGUUCGUCGGCUAGGGACAACUAUACAACUGGAACGCCUGGUGUGCCUAGAUACCACAACGCUCUGUCCUCUCGCACCGACCUCCCUCGAUACAAUCCCCAGCCCGACACUCCUAGGAGCGUACAUCAAACUACUAUGCCUCUGACAUACAAUGGUGCCUAUCAUGCCACUACUUAUGCCACACCUACCAGCUCACCCGAAACACCACCCUUCAACGCACAAGAGACGUGGGGCAAUAUUACCUGUGAAGGUAACUCGGUGACACCCAGUAUUGACGCCAAGAUUGAAAAGGGAUUCUUCUAUUCUGGUGAUCGUGUAUGGACCUGCUACCGAAGGAACUAUUUUUCGGUCAAUGUGUCGUUCCAACUUUCGCCCUGGAUUGCCAACGCACGGUUGUAUCUCGAACAGGGGGGUAAACCGGCGGAGCAGAUACAAUCCAUGGCCGUGUCCCUCGCCGCUGCUGUGGAUGGUUCCACGGGAAAGACUAUUGAGUUGAUCCAACAUACACCGAAGCGCGAUAAGGGCCCGCAGCUGGCUAUGAAGAAAGAGCUACUAGCACCAACGCCUCCAGGAAAAAGUCAGGAACAUGGUGGGUAUGGGCUGAGCAACUUUCAUCAAACCUCGACCGUGACCGGCCCUCAACUCCCUUUACAAAGCGAAAGUGACUCGUCAUCACAAUUUUCCCCUACGAGCCACGCUAGCAGCAAUUAUCAGCAUUCUUUCGAACGUAUACAGUUCAAGUCAGCCACGGCAAACAAUGGCAAACGCCGAGCCCAACAGCAAUACUAUCACCUGAUCGUGGAGCUGUGGGCGAACGUGCAGGCCCUUCGAGAGUCUGAGCCCCGUUGGGUGAAGAUUGCAGCUCGGCUGUCGUCUCCAGUCGUUGUCCGUGGAAGAUCACCUAGUCACUACCAGAACGAGGGCCCACAUAAUGCCGGUACUUCAAGAGGUGCACCUGGUUCUGGUCUCAGUGGAGGCGGUCAUCACGGGCUAGACUCGACUGGUCGAACAUCCUAUUCGGCCUGGAACAACGGUAUGUCAGGUGGUAGCGCAACUGGGAUGGGCGGUAGCAUGUAUCGUGGCAAUACGUACUCUCUCGACCCAAGCCCUGCCGGCAGCCAUUCGGUUAGCUCGGCGAGCUCUUUGAGUGGGGGCCCUGUUGAAGGCAUUGCUAGCGAAAACCACAUGGCCGAAGACGAUGACACGAAGAUGAUGGAUGCACCCCAGGAUUACUCCUACUACCCCGCGUCCAUCUACGAGUCGAUACCACCGAAGCUCGAAAGCACUCUGCCACCACCUGAUCGCAGAAUCAAGGACGAGUAUCCUACUGCGGGCUGGCACAUUGGGGGCUGUGGUAGAUUUCAAGGCAUGGAGAGUAGUCGCGGAUAUUAUCCCGACGUACAAGCCCAUACGUAUUGA